AUGGAGUUAGAAUUCACACCUGGAAUCUUAGAUACUCCGUCUUUGUUGACACCGAACAUCGCUGUGACUCCGUUACUCUAUAAGUCACCUCAGACCGAUUCAGUACCUACCGACAAUGACCUGACUCAAACAGACUCAACUUCGAAUCCCUCAUCGAUUAUGACGGUAAUUACAACAACAAACGAUGAGUCACUGUCUGUGUCAUCUGCUGAAGUCAAAUUAUCGAAGAUCGAAAAUGACUUAAAACAAAGUUUCAGUCAGCCACGCAAACCAACUGAAUCACCGUUUCAACGCAUAGUCGAAGCUGGCGUGUUGUCGUAUGAGAAAAACUCGACAAUACUUCCUCCCACGAUGAGUGAUGGUAUACCUGCUAAUGUUCCUUCUACUGCUGAAGUAGUGAAUGACAUCGAGUCAUUUUCCAAAGCUGCGGCAAGCAAAGAGGUGAACGAACGCGAAGCAACUGUCAGUGAUACAUCGCCGUCACAAGCCAUGGGUGUUAUUGUCUCACCAAAGAAGAAACUGCUUUUCCGAAGUCAGUCUCAUACUGAUCCAGCAUCACCGACAUCGGUCAUGAUAAAUACUCUAUCUCAAUUACAAAAGCCUCUUCGUGAUGAAGAUAACUCGACUGAUGAGGAUCACAAUCAUCAUUUUCAACGUUUGCAAGAUUUACCCAUAUUAACGCAACCAGUCGAUCCGAGUGCACAAUUAGAUAAUAACCAUGAAACAACCUAUACUAUCCAAGUACGAACAAACUCAAAUGGAGCGCAACAAACAAUAUCAAAACAACAAGCAACUGUUCUCAGUAAUAAACGAUCGUUUGCAUCAGCAGUUCUCGCUUCGCCGAUGACAAAAGCCAACUCAAUUCUUCUCUCUCAACCAGCUGUUAUCAAUGAAGUCUCAUCAAGUGAUCAAUCCUUAGGUUCAAAACGACAAAAAACGAGUUCAAACACGUCACGUAUAUCGCUUACUCUGCCAACAACUGACGACGACGACAACAACACCAACAACAGUGCACACUCCGAUGAUCAACGUAAAAAGCAAAUUCGUGAUAGUAAUCGUGAGGCAGCACGGCGUUGUCGCGAGCGUCGCCGGAAUUAUAUCGAACAACUCGAAGGUAAUCUAGAAGGAUACAAGACACAAAUCAAACAGCUGACUGAGAAUCUUGCUCGAGCCGAACGAGAAAACACUCAACUCCGCGCGAUUAUUUCCGAAGCGAAACUAUUUCCGUCCGCAGUGCGCAUGACAACCAAUGAUGUGAUGAUGGACUUUUCCAGUAAUGGAAUCGAUGUCGCCUCGGAAACAACGGAUGGAAAUACAAUACAAAGAAAUCUUAAUAUGAAACACUUGUUUUUAAUCUACACUUUACCAAUAUUACUCGCGUCAGCAUAUCAUGAAGUUCAUAUUAAAUCCGACGAUGAUUGUUGGUCGCUUGAAAACAACAAAACCAUCGAGAAAAACUAUGCUGUUCUAGUCAAUUUCGCACCCAAAAUUGCCUACGGGAAAGACAGUUGUUCAGUACAUAUAGCAAAUCCAUGGUUACCAAACAUGCAAAAUGGAUUUGGAUUAUUCCUGUCGCGUCAACAGAUGGAUUGCUCUUCAAUAUUGACAAUCAAUUGUCUUCCAGACGGUAUUCUACACAAUCAGACAAUUCCCUCGUCUGCGGAAUUCACAUGUCACACGAGUAAAAACAAAGUUCAAAUGCCUUGCAGUACACUUGAGCUCACAUUCAAAAGAAAUUUGAAUCAACCCGGAGCGAAAUCUUCAACACUAGUACAAGUUGUUGCAUUAGCCAAAGAACCGUGUGAUGAUAAAGAUAUAUUUUUUCAAUGUCCGAAUGAUUAUCCUCAUUCAUGUCUCGAUAAAAAGUUGGAGUGUAAUGGACGAUCUGAAUGUUUAAGUGGUGAUGAUGAACGAAGUUGUCAUCCAACUCACUCCGAAGGUGUUCCAGUGAUAGUGAUUAUUCUUCUCGUUUUGCUAUUUCUCUUUCUGAUUUGUAUCUUAUCAGCAGUGUUGGUUUGCUGUUGUUGUCGAGCGGCAUGCAAGGGAAUAGUUCGACGUAUUCGUUCGAAAAAAGAAAAGAAAUCGGCUACAAAGGGUGAUGUGACUAUUUCGGCUGAAGAAGCUGGCUUAAUCAAAGAAUUAACAGCACCAUCAAAUGUUGUUGAAACUUUGCCUCAACAGCAUAUGGAACCUGCACCAUUGCUUAUCGAUUCAACCAAACCUAUCUAUCCUCGUUUGGAAUAG